AUGUUCGCUGCACUGAACCCAGGUCCAAUACCAGAUACCACACUGAACCCAGGUCCAAUACCAGAUACCACGCUGGACCCAGGUCCAAUACCAGCUACCACACUGGACCCAGGUCCAAUACCAGCUACCACACUGAACCCAGGUCCAAUACCAAAUACCAAACUGGACCUAGGUCCAAUACCAAAUACCAAACUGGACCCAGGUCCAAUACCAGAUACCACACUGAACCCAGGUCCAAUACCAGAUACCACACUGGACCCAGGUCCAAUACCAGAUACCACACUGAACCCAGGUCCAAUACCAGAUACCACACUGAACCCAGGUCCAAUACCAAAUACCAAACUGGACCCAGGUCCAAUACCAGAUACCACACUGAACCCAGGUCCAAUACCAGAUACCACACUGCACCCAGAUCCAAUACCAGAUACCACACUGAACCCAGGUCCAAUACCAGAUACCAUUCGGGACCCAGGUCCAAUACCAGAUACCACACUGGACCCAGGUCCAAUACCAGCUACCACACUGAACCCAGGUCCAAUACCAAAUACCAAACUGGACCUAGGUCCAAUACCAAAUACCAAACUGGACCCAGGUCCAAUACCAGAUACCACACUGAACCCAGGUCCAAUACCAGAUACCACACUGGACCCAGGUCCAAUACCAGAUACCACACUGAACCCAGGUCCAAUACCAGAUACCACACUGAACCCAGGUCCAAUACCAAAUACCAAACUGGACCCAGGUCCAAUACCAGAUACCACACUGAACCCAGGUCCAAUACCAGAUACCACACUGGACCCAGGUCCAAUACCAGAUACCACACUGAACCCAGGUCCAAUACCAGAUACCAUUCGGGACCCAGGUCCAAUACCAGAUACCACACUGGACCCAGGUCCAAUACCAGAUACCUUACUAAACCCAGGACCAAUACCAGAUACCACACUGAACCCAGGUCCAAUACCAGAUACCACACUGGACCCAGGUCCAAUACCAUAUACCACACUGAACCCAGGUCCAAUACCAGAUACCACACUGAACCCAGGUCCAAUAACAGAUACCACACUGAACCCAGGUCCAAUACCAGAUACCACACUGAACCCAGGUCCAAUACCAGAUACCACACUGGACCCAGGUCCAAUACCAGGUACCACACUGGACCCAGGUCCAAUACCAGCUACCACACUGAACCCAGGUCCAAUACCAGAUACCACACUGAAUCCAGGCCCAAUACCAGAUACCACACUGAAUCCAGGCCCAAUACCAGAUACCACACUGGACCCAGGUCCAAUACCAGCUACCACACUGAACCCAGGUCCAAUACCAGAUACCACACUGAAUCCAGGCCCAAUACCAGAUACCAAGGAGUCCAAGAAACCACACCCCACCCACAUCGCUGUGGCUGUGGUGGCUGGUCCUGUUGUGACACAGCCUCCUCCUAGCGAUUCAGUUGCACCUCCGCCAGAGCCCGAUACUGUUGUGACACAGGCCACCGAGAAGCCUGAAUCCCCCACAAGGAAA